AUGACCAAGUGGUAUCCUAAGCAUGGCCAAGGUCCUCUGAAAUAUGCUGAUAUGGUAGCUGUGGCUCCUCUACUGGUCAACAAUACAGAGAGAAUGCCAAACUUAAAGGAGAUCCAAACUUUUCAACAUAGACACUUCUUGCCUUCUUCUCAAGAACAUCCUCCCAGUCAAGUUGGUUUCAUCUUGACUAUGUCUCAACAUCACUGGGUGGCUAUCUUUGACUAUAGCCACCAAACCGCCCACAUUCUAGGACAUCACAUCACUUCCAUGACUCCAUCUGCAAUCAAUUCACACAGCAAUUGGGAGAAAUUAUAUGGUCCAUCACAUUGGAAAAAGUUGGCUAUGCUGCAUGGCUGGCCUCAUGGAGAUGUUGCUGCUGUUCAUGUUCAUGAAUACUCCAGAUUCUAUCUGCAGCAUACACAGAACUGUGAUUGUGGUGCAAUCUCAUGUGCUAUAUUAGAGCAUUUUCUGGAGGAAGGACUCAGCUAUCAUCUUGAUGGAAGUUUGCAGCUUCCACUUAUACCAUGUGGACACACCAUCCGUCUUAGAAUCUUAGAAAUGGUGAAACUCAGCUGCAGACGCCAGUGGAGCCAUUAUCUCUAUCUUGGAACCAGUCUUCCAAAUGAUUGGGACCAUACAGAUCAUAUCUCUCCAGAAGUCUUGGCAACCAGAUUACAACAACCCCAGCAGAUGGCCCAUGGUCACCAGGCUAUUGUCACUCAACUUGCCACUAUGCUAUAUAACUGCCCCAACUGUAGACCAAAACUGGUUCAAACUCAGGCUCUAGCAACUAUCUCAUUGGAUCAUCCAACACCAGAGGAUCCUGAUCCUGAAGAUAAUAAUCCCAUCACACAUCUAAUUCUGAGCAGCCAAAUGACACAAAAUCUGAAGCAGCUCUUGGAUUUUCACUCCUUGACCAACGGCACUCACUUUCGUGAUACUACCACUAUGCCAUCCAAAUGGCAGCCUUUUGAUGGAACAUUUGAUCAAUAUUUGGGUGGACCUACUCUAGAGUCUAUGCAGCCUAUCAUGGAUGCUGGAGAAAUAUGGUCUACAUCAAAAAGUGCAUGGAUUAGUGGAUUAGGAUCUGCAAUGCUUUUCAGAGACUAUGGCUACAGAAUUCUGCCUAGCUUCUCUCAGAUGUUUUGGUUGGGCCCUCCAGUGGAUACCUUGGAUUGUAUGAUGAGAAUUGGGGUAUCUGACACAUAUGAUCCCAGCUGGCAAGUUGGUCAUUGGAGAGCAAAAGGCCAUAGUCUGUCUAGAAGCUCUAUGUUUCCUGAUGAGAGAAGAAUAGUUCCAAGUGAUGUUAGGAUCAUGGCUGCAUCCGAAAUGUUGCUAGAUGCCCAAAGGCUAGCUUCAGAGAAGAAAGGAGUAUAUGAGACUUUAUUUGUUUAUGGAGCUCAUCCCAUUGGAGGUCAAAGAAUCGUAUUGGAUCUAGAGCUGGACAUGGAUGUUCCAGAUGAAAUCACUGUUUCAGUGGACAUUGACAGCUACAUCUGGGUUACUUCAGACUUUUGCCCAGCCCUCAGCUUAGGAAUCUACUUGGCACCUGUUAUCGAUCAUCAAGCUCCUAUCCACAAGCACAAUCAUAUUUAUGCAGACAUUCUCAUUCCUCAAAGUGCUGAUGACCAGGGUCCGGAUGGUACUGGAAGACAAGAGUGGUGGACCAAGUCUGUUCCUUUGAGCUCCAUACCUCAUGUGCCAUUUGGAAUGCUGAGCACAGCAAAUCAUGCCUCCAAUCUUCUGCUAUUCUUUCCCCGAAUGAUCCACAAUCGCACCAACUCAUCUCUCAAGGCCACCAGGAUUCCUCUUGAUGUCAUUGAUUUAUUCUGGAAUGAGGUGGUCCUGCCUUCUAUAUCUCAAGAGGCACCAAAUUCUUCUCUGCCCUAUGUGGAUACCACUGUGCAUGAGAUCAGAUAUAAAUCAAGAAAAGGUGGAUCUGGUCAGCCUGGAAGCCAAAGACCCAAAGCUACUCCUGUCUCCAAGGUGGCAUUCCAAAGGAUUCAAAGAAGCAUGAGGACUAGGGUCAAAGAUCAAGCAAUGUUGGCACCAUAUGGAUCCUUCUUCUUUGUCUUAGAAGGCAAAGGCAUCAAACUAUGGACCAAGGAUGGCCAGGAUGGCAGAUAUGACUCUCCAUAUGAAGCUUUGAAAAAAAACUUCACAAACUUGGACUGGGAUUACAUGAUGGAUAGAAAUCAUGGAGAACUGUACUUGGAUGUAGGGAUCAGCUUCAAUCCCACUGGUCAGUUGGUGGGUCUUUGGAGGCUUGAUGCUUUGAAAGCUUCUUUUCAGAAAGGAGGAUUUAGAAAAGGUAUCACUCAUCACACCAACACUUUGGGAAGAUAUGGAGGAAUUCAGGCAGAAAUGCUCUUGGCCAAUGCAAGAUCUAGCCAGACCUGCUUCCGAUCAGCUUACCAGCUGUGCUAUGAGGCUAUCAGACCUAAUAACAAUCGACCCAAGUGCAUUUCUGAUAGGGAUGGCUAUCAUCUUACAGAUGGAUACCUUAAAGAAUGCCAAUGGAUGCAUGAAAUCUACAGUGGAGGUGCUUCUCAAAGAGCUUAUGGAUGUAGAGAUGAGUAUAGAAUGAGUGGACAGGCUGCUUUGAAGGUGCUUCCCUAUUUAAAAGAGCAGGCUGAAGCUUUUCUGAAAUCUCAACCUAUCCUUUGGAUCCCUUCUCAUAUUUGGUUUGGCCUCAUGGAUGCCAGACUGGAAGGCUUGAGAUAUGCUCAAAAAUCUCUGAAGACACACAAACCCCUCAACUAUGGUAUUCAAACCAGCAUCUUGUGUCAUCUCCUGAGAUCUUUGACUUCCACUCCUAUUGUGAUGGAUGCCCAUCUGAGGCAGGCCCUCCAAAGUCUAGAUGUUGAAAGAAUUUGUGAUCAUAAUGGCAUGCUCUUUCUUUAUGAUAUGGAAGACAAGAUCAUCAAAGAAGACAGUGCUCAGAUUCAUAAAAUCAUGGGUGCCAAUGUCAAAAGCCAUCCCAAAUCCUUUGCUUUACAAAAUCCUACGACGAUCUCUGAUGACUGGCCUAUUGGUUCACAACCUAGCUGGAAAGAUGUGGUGCAGAUGAUUGAAGAACAUCCUCAACUUCUAAUAAGGCCUUGGAUUUAUAAUCCAAUCUGGGAUCCAGGAGAUAUGGAUGUUGGCAUGCUAUUCAUCCAGUUCACCAGGGAGUUUUGGUUGCAGCUAGGUGGAGCACAGACCACCAAUGAAUUUAUGGAUGCUAUCACCAUCAAUCCCAGGAUCUGUGAUAAUCUCCAGGAAGCCAUGACCUGCUGGUCCUUGGACAGGGUAAAUCAAUGGAUUAUUUCCAUCAAAUUCCAGGCCUGCAGUGCUGGACUAGUGGGAGACAAACCUGGCCGUCCUCAUCUGUCAUUUGUCCAGAGAAGGACCACAUUUUUCCCAGAUAAAAACUCCACCCCAUCCCAGUCAUCAAAGUGGAAGAUUUAUUGGACAGAGGGAUAUAUUGCACACUAUCAUAAGAUGUGCUCUGAACUGCCAGAAACCCAGUUGCAGCAUCUUCAUGACAGACUGGAUAUAUUAUUUGCCAAUCUUCAAUGUCUUCCAGAUGCUAACAAACCCACUGCAAAAAGUCCUGGCUCUACUUGGACCCUGGCAUCUGGUGAGGACAGCAUCAAGAUAGUGACCAAUCCAGGUUUCUACAGGAUACAAAAAAUUGGAGGAAGAAAGAGGACUAUCAAAAGGCCAGCUGUGAUCAGAAGACCUCAGGAUUUCCGUCUUACCAUCAUGACCUUGCAAGGGCGGGAUCCUAGGAGAGAUAAACCAAAACAAAAAAAAAUCCAAGUAGACCGCCGCUCUACAAAGUCUAAAAGAACUAGAAAGCCACCAACCAGACACACCAAGAACACUAAUUCCAAUCAAAACUGGUCUUCAUCACAUCACACAACAGCUUCUGUGACAAGUGCCAAGAAUAAAUCCAACAAAAAACUCAAAGUAGAGCUGGAACAUCAUUCAGACACCAAUGCCUCUGAAACAAAUUCACUGCUUGACAAGAAGGAUAUUGAUGCUACAGAUGAUAAUCAAUCUGAAAUGGAUUCAUUAUUUGACUAUGAUGGAAGUGGAGAGGAAGCUGAUGAAGAGGCAGAUGACUCUGAUGUUAACAUCUAUUCAACAUAA